CCGUUAGUCCACAGGGGAAAAGCAAAAAGACAAAAAAGACCCAAAAGAAAAGAUGAACAAAACAGAAGAAGGAGAGAGUCCCCAUCUCCAUCUCUCUCCUUAUCUCUUCCCUUCUCAUAAACCCCCUCCGCCGAGUCCUCCCCGUCUCCGAGCACCUCCGCCGAGUCUAGGGUUUAACCGCCCGCCUCGUCGGCCUCCGUAUCGCCCGGGGAAAGGAGGAGCGGGCGGUGAUGGCGGCGCCGAUACCGCGUGAGUGGGUUGGUCUGCAGCAGUUCCCGGCGGCCACCCAGACCAAGCUGCACGAGCUCCUCGGCAAGCUCAAGGAGGAGAAUGUGAGCACAUUGACGAUUCUGGUGAUGGGGAAGGGCGGUGUGGGGAAGUCGUCCACUGUCAACUCCAUUGUCGGGGAGAGGGUCGCCAACGUCAGCGCGUUCCAGUCUGAGGGUCUGAGGCCAAUGAUGUGCUCCCGCACCCGGGCAGGAUUCACCUUGAACAUUAUCGACACUCCUGGGCUCAUUGAAGGUGGGUAUAUCAAUGAGCAGGCUGUGGAGAUCAUAAAGAGGUUUCUUCUGGAGAAGACUAUUGAUGUCCUCCUGUACGUCGAUCGCUUGGAUACAUAUAGAAUGGAUACAUUGGAUGAACAAGUUAUAAGAGCCAUCACUAAUUCAUUAGGGAAGGCCAUUUGGAGAAGAACAUUGGUUGUAUUGACCCAUGCCCAGCUGUCUCCUCCUGAUGGAAUUGACUAUAAUGAUUUCCUUGCAAGAAGAUCAGAGUCGCUUUUGCGAUAUAUCCGUUCCAGUGCAGGAAUCGGCAAACGAGAAUAUGCGGAUUUUCCCUUGCCAAUAGCUUUGGCAGAGAACAGUGGAAGGUGCAAGACUAAUGAGAAUGGGGCGAAGAUUCUUCCUGAUGGAACUCCAUGGAUUCCAAACUUGAUGAAAGAAAUUACUAUUGUUGUCUCAAAUGGAAGCAAGUCCAUUCAUGUUGAUCAGAAGUUAAUCGACGGUCCAAAUCCCAACAAUCGCUGGAAGAAGUACAUACCUCUCAUCCUUGCCGUGCAGUACUUUUUUGUGGUAAAAGGAAUCCGAAGGGCUAUUCAUUCUGACAUUUCGAACGGGAAGCUGGAUGACUGGGAGCAGCGCUAUAGAGACUUGGUUGGAAGCGGCAACCCGGUAGACCAGAAAGUUUCGUCAUCCCGCAACCCUAAGGCCUGAACUGGCCAAUGAGAGUGCAUGCCAGUCUCUUGAUCGUGGUCCAUUCAACUCCCCGUGUUGUUCUUUUUGUGCUCCUAAUUCCAGUGGUCUGUUUAGGGGGAUCUAUAGAGCUCUCAGGAACAACUUGAAUAAAGUUGCUAGUGUUCUAGAUGUUAAGAUUAUGUACCCCAUUUCAUUACGCUCUCGCAAUUUUGCAAAUGUUAUUGUUGUGAACUAUAAUUAUUUGAAUUUCUUGUAUGGCCUGAAUGUUUGGAGAUUAAUGCAAUUUCUUCAUUGUUCAA